AUGAAUGCAACACCUCCUCUCCAUUUCUCAAUUCCUCCCACCACCAUCUCCCCGGCUUUCAAACGGCUGGGUCACGAGACCAUUAGAGCUACUGCUUUUCUGGUGAUACCUACCGAGUUGCUCUACUUCUCUAUAUACUUUUUGCUCAAAAGACAAUAUGGCAUGUACAAGAAACUAUCGGCGUUAUCGCUGGCGGCAUUUUGGCUGAGUGGUUGGAUGAAUCCCAUUUCUUGUGGUCCCGUGGGUGCACUGAGGAAUUUCGCUGUUGCAAUCGGCACCCUCAAACUCCUAGACAUCUAUGCCCGACAUCUCUCACUCCCCCAACUCAAAACCAACCCUCCAACCUACAAACACGCACUUCUCCUGCUCACCGAAAUGCGCUAUGAAUCCUUCAGCCCCAAGUUCAUCCGCGUGUCCCGAUCGCAGGAAACGUUCAACGAACCCCUGCAAUUCGCAAUCCACAUGGCAAUUUUCGGUGCCCUGCAAGUGCUUCCGCAGGACUGGGCGCUGGUCUUGGCUUUUGAGGUGCAAUUGAGUAUUUAUAUGAUCUGGACUGGUAUACAGUUAUUGGUGAGAUAUAAAAGUAGUCCCGCGCUUUUCGGGAGAUUGUAUUCGGUGGAGAGUUUGGGGGGUUUUUGGUCAAAAACAUGGCACAAUGUAUUUUCAGCCCCCUGCGCCUCACUCGCCUACGAUCCCCUCCGGCAAACCCUCCCAAAACUAGGAGUGCCCAUCCCAGUAGCCCGAUCGGCGGGGAUUCUCGCGGCAUUUUUCCUAAUGGCGCUUUUUCAUGUGUACGCAUUGAAGCCCAUGGUAACCGACAAAGCGCUUUUUCGCAUCGGCAUGUUCUUUGUGCUAAAUGGGUUUGCGACGGUGGGGGAGACGAUGGUGUGGGGGAGGAGGGAUGGCUGGGUUAAGAUGGGGUUGGCGUGGCUGACGGAAAUGAGUUUGGCGGGGUGGACGGCGGCCGCGUUGGGGAUUCCGAGGGGCGUGCAUGGGAUUCGAACGAAUAACUGUGGAAAAAUUGGCACUUCAAGUAUCUUCAGUCUUCUGUCUGCGCAUGCCGAUGCUGAUGCUGAUGCCGAUAUUGAUGUUGAUAUUAAUGCUGAUGUACUGAAUGAAAAGUAA